AUGAAUGACUGCGAGGAUGAGGCAAUCCGCGCCGGUCAACUUAUGGAGACUCAGCGUCUCUCUGGCCCAAUGCGAGACAGUUGGAAGAGCGGGAACUUCUGGGUCAUGUAUGCCGCACGGAAUAAUUUUGUAUUCGACUCGAUCUAUUGGCAGAAGAUUGACCAGCCAUUCUUUGGACCGACUCAAAGCUUUGGCUUUGACAAUGUGUGGAAGGAAAGGCUUCAUCUCUUGACACCCAAAGAAAAGGAGUACAUAGAUGAAUGUGUAAAGCUGAAAUUUGAAGAGAUAGACACGAGACCUUUGGCUUGGGACCCGGAUGAGUAUACUCGAGCAUACGAGUGCGAGUGGAUAGAAUGA